AUGGUGGAUCUUUGGACCUUCGCCGCCUCUCAGUUUGCCGCCAGCGCAGCAUCCACCCCCACGACCAGCCGCGCCCCCAGCACGGCCGGCCCGCACCGACCCGCGCCGCCCGGCGCGCCCCAGGCGCCGCGCGGCGGCCGCAGCGCGGGGGGCGGGCCGCCUGAGGCGGGGUUCGGCGCGGGCGGCGCCAGCUGGCGGUCCCCCCGCGCCUCGGGCGGCCGGGCGAUGUGUUCGGAGCCGGGCGCCAGCCGGGGCGCGAGCCCGGUGCAUGGCGGGCCGGGCGACUCGCCGCCGCCGCCCUGGGAGGACGCAACAGAACAGCAGCAGCAGCAGCAGCAGCAGCAGCAGCAGCAGCAGCAGGAGAACGACGCGGACAGGCCCCCGGCACGCGCCCCGCCAAGCCCUCCGCUCAGCGGCGCGGCGGCUACGCCCCCAGGCCCGUCGUCCCCGGGCCAAGCGGGCUCGUGGUCACUUCUGUCCACCCCUGAGCCGCCGAUGUUCGACGCCGCCCGGCUGGCGACCAUUUUCAGCAGCCAGGGCGAGGGCAACGGCGGCGGCAGCCCGGGGACAGAUCACAUGCCGUCGCCGUUCCUGCAUGUGGACACGGGAGAGUUGCUGUCAGAGGGCGCUGAGGAGGUCAGGGACGGAAAGCAGGGGGCGGGUCCGGCGUCGGCUGCGGGCGGCGGCGGCGGGCCUGCCAGCGACGACGAGGCGGGCAGCGGCCGCGACGGCGGCGGCAGGAGUCGGCCGGGCGGCAGCGUGGGAGGGGAGACGACUGAGUUGAGUGCAGAGGAGGCGCCGGGGGCGUCGACAGAGGAGGGCGGGGAUGAUGAAGAGGAGGGAGAUGAGGAUGAGGAGGGGGCGGGGCAGGAAGGCGAGGAGCCAGAGGCGGCGGGCGACGGGACCGGCGGGCGGGGGCGCCGCGCUGGGCGGCGGAGGCGCGAGCGGGAGCCGGGGGCGCGGCGCGGCGCGCUUGCUGGGAUGGUGUUGCAGGCGGCCACCCUGUCAGGCGCCCCCGUCCGCGCCAUGCAGCGGCGCCUGUCGGACCACCUGCGGCGCGUCUUCGAGCGCCGCAUGAGCGAGGGGCGCGGCGGCGCGCCCGGCGCAGGCCCGGGCGCGGAGGGGCUGCGGUCUGCCAGCCAGCACCUUCAGGCCCUCGGCCUUGGCGCGGCCGCCGCGGAGGCGCACGAGGGCAAGCCCGGCUUCUGCGCGCCGCCGACGCUCAUCCUCAGCCUGGCGCGCGCCCCGCCGCGCCGCGACAGCGCGACCGCGCGCGUGGCGUUCGAGGCGCGCUACUGGGUGGACAACCGCAGCGGACUGGACCUGGUGCUGAUGGAUAUUGACAAGAGCGUGCUGGGGCUGCCGCGGGCCAGCCUGCUAGUAUCCUCGGACGUGCACUCGCCGGGCCUGCCGCGAGACCGCGCCGCGCUCGAGUCCGACGCUCGCGCCGCCGCCGACGACGCGGCGCACGGCGCGGCGGCCGCGCCGGCGGCGGCCGCAGCGAGCGGCGCGGCGGGCGAUGGCGAUGGCGCGGCUGGGCGGGGCGAGGGCGAAGAUGCGUUACUGGCGCGGCUCCAAGAGGUCCGCCCCGCCCUGCUGAACGACCAGUCGUCCCUGCGCCUGCAAGUGGAGGAGGUGACGCUCAUAGGCGCCCCGCCGCGCGCCGCGGCCGCCCCCGCUCGGCGCGCGC